AGAGUAGAACACAACCCAUGCAGCUUCUACCCACUUUCGUGUAUUCACACUGGAAUUCAUUUUAGUAAUACUAUUUAUCCGAGAAGUGUGUCGAACCCGGAAGAGAGGCACCGCCGAGCAGCAUAUAGCUGAACAUAUAUGGCGUCUGCUUUAGGUGAAGGUGAAGCCUCUUCUUCUACUGCAACCGGAGACUCUUGUAAGCAUCAGGUGUUCUUGAGUUUUAGGGGAGAAGACACCCGGAAAGGCUUCACUGAUCAUCUAUCUGCCUCACUAGAAAGGCGAGGAAUCACAGCUUACAGAGACGACAAGAACCUUGAGAAAGGUGAUGCUAUUCAAGAUGAACUUUUGAAAGCAAUAGAAGAAUCUAUGUUUGCUGUCGUUGUUCUCUCGCCAAACUAUGCUUCCUCCAGUUGGUGCUUGGACGAGCUACACAAGAUCCUUGAGUGCAGCAAGAAUCAUGGGCUAUCUGUUGUGCCAGUCUUCUACAAUGUGGAGCCUUCUGAUGUUAGGCAUCAAAAAGGAAACUUCAAGAAAGCUCUUAGAAAACAUCAGAAUAGAUUUGGUCAAGACAGUGACAGGAUUAGAAGAUGGACAAAUGCUUUGACCCAAAUUGCUAGCUUUUCUGGUUGGGACUCCAAGAACCAGCAGGAGGCAAGACUAGUGGAGAACAUAGUUGACCACAUACAAAAGAAGCUACUUCCAAAAUUUCCAUCUUGCCCAGAAAAUCUUGUUGGGAUUCUUCCAAAGAUGGAGGAUGUGUUCUCACUUCUAGGUAUGGGGUCAAAUAAUGUUCACUUUGUAGGCAUACGGGGCAUGGGUGGCAUAGGUAAAACUACCGUUGCUAGAGCAGUCUAUGAAGCCAUCCAAUCCAAGUUUCAAGUUUGUUGCUUUAUGAGGGAUGUUAGGGAGGUUUCCAAGGCAAAAGGUUUUGUUCACUUACAAAAGCUUCUUCUCUCAACACUAAAUGUUAGUGAUGAAUUUUAUGACAUUGAAGAUGGAAAGAAGAUGAUACGAAACUGGUUAUGCAAGAAAAAGGUUCUUCUUGUUCUUGAUGAUGUAAGUGAGGAAAUCCAGUUGGAAAAUUUGGCCGGGAAGCAAGAUUGGUUUGGUCCUGGAAGCACAGUAAUAAUCACAACAAGGUAUAUGCAUUUGCUUGAGAUACAUAGAGUGAAUGGAACAUAUAAGGUUGAAGGGUUGGUGGAAGAAGAAGCCCUCCGCCUCUUUUGUUUGAAAGCCUUUAAAAGAGAUCAACCAGAAGAAGGCUAUUUGGAUUUGUCCAAAGACAUUGUCAAAUAUACUGGUGGCCUUCCAUUGGCACUUAAGGUAUUAGGUUCCUAUUGGUGUGGCAGAGAUCUUCAUUUUUGGCAUAGAACUGCUAGAGAAUUGAGCAGCGUUCUACCCUCGGAAAUCCUCAAUACUUUGAAAAUAAGCUUUGACCAUUUAGAGCCAACAGAGAAAUAUAUCUUUCUGGAUAUUGCUUGUUUCUUCAAAGGAAUGAACAGAGACGAAGUAGUAAAUAUAUUACAGAUGUGUGAUUAUUAUGAUGGAAUUGAAAAUGGAAUUGUUACUUUGAUUGAAAAAUCUUUGAUAACUCUAAGUAAGGAUGAGAUGUUGGAAAUGCAUGAUCUGCUUCAAGAUAUGGGAAAAAAUAUUGUAUUUCAAGAAUUUCCAACUAAUCCCGGGAAACGAAGCAGGUUGUGGUCUAAAAAGGACAUUGAUCAAGUUUUGACAAAUGAUAUGGGAACUGAAGCAAUUCAAGGAAUUGUUCUACACUCAAGUUAUGAAGCUCAGUGGAGUAUUGAAGCCUUUUCAAAGACAAGUCAACUGACAUUUCUCAGUUUACAUGGCAUGAAACUUCCACUUGGUCUCAACUACCUUCCUAGAUCAUUAAAAGUCCUUCAUUGGAAUUACUGUCCCUUGAAGACUUUACCCCUGGCGGAUCAAAAGUAUGAACUGGUUGAAAUUAAACUGCGGAAUAGCAAGAUUGAGCAAGUUUGGCACGGGAAAAAGUUUCUUGAAAAGUUGAAGUACAUGGAUUUGAGUGUGUCUGAGAACCUAACUGGAACCCCUGAUAUUUCUGGUGCACCAAUGCUUCAAAAGCUUAAUCUGCAAUUCUGCUCAGGGCUGAGUGAGGUUCACCCAUCCCUUACACACCAUGAGAACCUUGUUCAAUUGGAUUUCAGCAAUUGCACAAGUCUCAAAACUAUUCCAGGCAAACUGAAGAUGAGUUCACUGGAGGAAUUAGACCUGAGCAAUUGCAGCAGUUUUGUAAACUUGCCAAAAUUCGCGGAAUGCAUGAAACUAUCAUUGCUUUCUUUGAAACGAACCUCCAUAAAAAACCUGCCACGUUCUGUCUCAUCAAGUCUACCUUUGCUAUGCAGUCUAGACUUAAGUUGCUGCAAUCUAACUGAACUGGCAUUCCCUUGCAACAUUUUCCACUUGCCAUUGUUGACUGAUUUGAAUCUGUCUCGUAACAAAUUUGUCCAUGUACCAAUAAGCCUUCAUAAACUUCCCAACCUCAAACGUCUUUGUCUAAAUAAUUGCCCAAAUCUUAAGUCUCUCCCGGUGCUCCCCUCAAGUAUUGAGAAAUUGGAAGCAUGCAAUUCUUUCAUUGCUUAUGGUGAAAUAGGAUAUUUUGAUCCCUGUGAAACCAUAUUCAAUUUCUUUCGAUCAUCGAGCAGUGAUCAUUCUCAGGUCUUUAUCAUGGAGUUCACAUCAUGGAUAUAUAGGAAAGAAAAAGUUUCACCGUGGCAAUCUUUUUUAAGGUUCAAUCUAGAAGAUGGUGAACAUAUUUCUCUCCCACCACAAGGUGAUUUCCCUCCAAAUGAUAGGUUGGGAAUUAUACUAUGCUUUGAGACAGCUACUUAUUUGAACAAGACGGAUUUGUGUGUCUGCAAUGGUAGAAGAUGGAUCACCAAGAAGAAUUCAGGCGAAAAGGGCGAUCGCACGUAUUUUAUCCUUCUAACCAAUGACUAUUUUAAUGCUGAAUUAUGCCCUGAUUAUACAUUUAAGCUCUCUGUCAACAAUGCCCUUAGUUACCACAUGCACAACCAAGCAUGGAGCUAUGGCUCCAACCAAUGCUGGGGCCGCUGGGUGCAUCAACAAUAUUUUAUUGACUAUAUGUAUGAUUUUGAUUAUUAAAAAUUAAAUUAUACU